AUGUAUUUUGAACCAGGAAAGUUUUUAGGUGAAUUUAUAGAAGAAUUAAAAGUUGAUUUGAUUUGGGGUGAUUUAAUAGAGGAUAAAGAAGUUGUAUUAACAAUCAUUGAUUCAAUUGACAAUCUUUUUCAAAUAAUAUUGACUGAGGAUAAUAAACAGAUGAAUGAAAUUACAUUUAACAACAUAAUUGAAGCUCACAAAAGGCAUCAGAAAUUACAUGAUCUUUAUCCAAGUGAUCUUGUUAUUCUUGUUACUUUACAAUAUAUCAAAUCACAUGAUAACAUUCCAUCUUAUACACUUGAAAUGGCAAAUUCGAUUCUCAGCUGUGAUGAAAUUCAAAGCAACCAUUUAUUGUUUGAAGGAAUUUUAUGUUGUUCAUACUUGGAAAAAGAACAACCAAAACUUUACAAGCAAAUUGAAACAAAAAAAAAUUUGAACUAUUUUAAGUUGGAUGUUGAAAGAUAUAAGGCUCAAUUAUCAGAUAAUCAAAUGAAAUUAAUAAAAGAUUUGAUCAUCCACAACACUCUUGAUUAUAGGAUUACUAGUCAAAAUCAAAAACUAGAUCUUGCAAUAAUUAAUUUAGUAGAUAGCUUUAAAAAGAUAUGGAAAUUAAAAUGUUAUCAACGAUCUGAUAAGUAUGUAAAUGAAAAGACAUUUGGGCAUAAUAUUGUGGAUAAAAUAAUUGAUUUCAUAUUCUAUGAUAUAGUUGCAGAAUCUAAAUGGAAAAUAUCAUCAACAUUUGGUAAAUUAAACCAAGAAAUAAAUGCAACAAUAUCAACACCAACAAAUCAACCAAUCACGACUUUAGAACCUGGUUCUGGUGGAAGUAUCUUCACUACAAAUUGUACACCAUAA